CCACAGCUCAGUACCUACCAUCACACACACACUCCACUGGAGCUCGGAAGGCACGCUCUCUUCUGACAAACCUCUCACACCUGGCUCGGCACAUUAGGUCCUCUCUCCCCACCGUACCUUACCGAAGGUACAUGUACUCUCUCGACACAGAACAGAACGCCUCAGCAAGCAGCAUUGCAUGGUCGAGCCCAGGAGACGGGACCGAACGACAUAGCGUAACGAUCAAUCGAGCGGCGUUGCACGCACCGGCCUCGGGCUACCUUCUGGUCGCUUCAGCGGAGCCGCCAUGGCUGCGGACACCAAUGGUGCCUCUCUGACGAACGGCGUGGAGCAGUACAAGCCGGAGCUCUUAAAGUCGUCGCCGGGAGACUUCAUGCGACCGGCGAUGCGCACUCGGGGGAACUCAACGACGGCUAAUGGUGUGGGUGUUCAGGCCGAAGACACGAGGAUAUGUGUGGUGAUGGUGGGGCUGCCAGCAAGAGGCAAGAGUUUGAUAGCACAAAAGGUCGUUCGCUAUCUUGGCUGGCUCAGCAUCACUGCGAAGUGCUUCAACGUGGGUAACUACCGCCGCACUGCAACUCCGCAGCCCAAUGCUUCGUUCUUCGAUACAUCCAACAAGGAGGGCGAACGGCUCCGCAAGGCUGCAGCUGAGGCCGCCGUGGUAGACAUGUGCAACUGGUUCAAGCACCCGAGCAAUCUCAUUGCCAUUCUCGAUGCCACCAACAGCACCAAGGCUCGGCGGCGGUGGAUCAAAGAGCGCUGCGACUCCGAAGGCAUCGAGACGCUCUUCGUCGAGAGCAAGUGUGACAGUGAGGACAUCAUCAUGAGCAAUAUAUUGGAAGUGAAGACGACCAGCCCCGACUACGUGGGCCAGGAUCCCGAAGAGGCUGCCAGAGAUUUCCGCGAGCGUAUCAAGAUGUACGAGCGGGUCUAUGAGACACUGGACGAGGACGAGGCGGAUUUGACAUACUGCAAGAUCAUCGACGUGGGUUCACAGGUCAUUAUCAACCGGAUACAGGACUAUCUCCAGUCUCGAGUGGUGUAUUAUUUGAUGAAUCUGCACAUCAAACCACGGUCCAUCUGGAUCAGCAGGCACGGCGAGUCCAUGUACAACCUCAGUGGGCAAAUCGGCGGCGAUGCAGACUUGUCGGAGAGGGGUCAAGCAUAUUCCCGAGCGCUGCCCGAGCUCGUCAAACGGUCGGCCGGUGAUCGACCACUGACCGUGUGGACGUCGACACUGAAGCGGACGGCGCAGACGGCUCGAUACCUGCCGUACGAGAAGCUCAGCUGGAAAGCACUCGACGAGCUGGACUCUGGUGUGUGCGAUGGCCUCACGUACGCCGAAAUUGAGCAAAAGUACCCGGAAGACUUCCAAGCUCGCGACGACGACAAGUACAACUAUCGGUAUUUGGGGGGUGAAAGUUAUCGCGACGUGGUGAUUCGCCUGGAGCCAAUCAUCAUGGAGCUGGAGAGGUCAGAGAACAUUCUGAUUGUCACGCACCAGGCGGUGCUGCGGUGCAUCUACGCCUACUUUAUGGGCUCGUCGCAGGAAAAGUCACCCUGGAUGGAGGUGCCGCUGCACACGCUUAUCAAGCUGACGCCUCGCGCGUACAAGACGGAAGAAGAGCGGAUGUUUGCCAACAUUCCGGCGGUGAGCACGUGGCGCGAAAAGGGGAGUAAGGCGGUGCAUGCAGACACGCCCGAAGCGAGUCAGCGGGGCUCUCCACUGAUUGCAGCCAAGAGCAAAUAAGUGAUGUAGAAAAGUUGGUCCCCCGAGCAUGCGUAUAGAGAGAGGGGGGAAGGGGGAAGGGGGGACUCAGCUCGCUACCUACCUACUGAUGAUGUAGUGGAGGUACAGGUAGCUAUGUAGCUUCUCGAGAGCAUGGGAAGAUUCUGAGCCCAGGUAGCUCACUUUUAUAGGAGGUAUUGAAAAUUCAG